AUGAUGCAGCCGAGCAGCAGGCAGGCCGAGGCCCUUUUCCAGCAGGGCUCGCCACCUCCUGAGCACUGCCACCUGGUGUCGGUUGACUCGCCAGGGCCGCGAGACCUGCAGCACGGCGCCGGCACACACAUCAAGCGGCCCAUGAACGCUUUCAUGGUGUGGUCGCGCGGCCAGCGCCGCCGCAUGUCCCUCGAGCACCCCAAGAUGCACAACUCGGAGAUCAGCAAAAGGCUCGGCUGCGAGUGGAAGUUGCUCAAUGAAGCUGAGAAGCGACCCUUCAUCGACGAGGCUAAGCGACUGAGGGCACUGCACAUGUCUGAGCACCCUGACUACAAGUACAGACCACGGCGGAAGCCAAAGAGCAACCUGAAAGGCAAGGAGCACAGUUCAGUGUCAUCCAGCAAGUUGGGCAAGGCGGGGGGCGCGGCGUCUGCCCCCGGAAGCAAUCCCUCAUCUGCGGGGGCGGCGGCCGGCUCUGGCCAGAGACUCUUCUACCCGUUCCAGGGCGGCUUCCUCAACCCGGCGCUCGAGUCGUUCCACCACGCGGUAGUGCGCUCCUUCUUCCCUUUCCCGCCUCCACCGCCCCUGGCUGCGGAGGCUGCCGACGGGGGCGGCAAGCAGCUGCUUGAGCAGCACCGUCUGCAGGGCCUCUGCUUCCCCUACCAGCCGUCGCUGCCCUUCUACCCGCGCCUCUUCGACUCGUGCCUCAGCCGCGCGGCAGCCACGUCCGACGGAGGGGAGGGCGAGCGCAGGUCGCCGGCUGAAGGGGUGCCUCCACCUCAGCCCCCGCCACCGCCUCCGCACCCUGGCUGCCCCGGCAAGGCGCCGACCAAGUUCAGCAGCAUCCCCGCACUGUGCGCCCCCGUGUCCAAGUGCAGCGAGUGCUCCCCGCCCGCGCCCCACUCCCACCUCCCCUCGCCCUUCGAGCACGAGCAGCCGCUGCGCAUUGCUAUCCCCAGGCCCAUCGCGCUGUCCCUGCAGGUGCAGCCAAAGGACUCGGCAUCCCCCUCCCCCUCCAACUCGGUGUAG